CUAAUCCGCAAUCUGCACCCCGACCACUCCCUGUCCCCACGCGCCUUCCCCUUCCCUCUUCUCCCUAUCCCGAACUAUUCCCCAAAGCAAAAGCAAAGCACCUGCUGAGUGACUCACUCAAGCAAGCAGAUUUCUCGGCUUCCUCUGCAAAACCCAACUGUCUGCUUUCCAAUUUUUGCACGAUUCAGAAGUGCUUUUAUUUGCUUCUAUUUUUGUUGUAUUUUAUCGUAACGGUUGUGAGAGGCACUGUAGAUCAACAACGUCGCUUUCCAAUUUGCUAAUAUCUAACAGUUUGAAUAUCUCAUAAAAGAUUUGCAAUUUAAUAGUUUUUUUUGUAGUCGGUUUCCUUUCAUUCUCUGAAAGUAGUUUUGUGGGCAGCUGUGGAAGAUAAGUCUGGAGAAAAAUCCAACAAAAUCUCAUUUAUUUUGCUCGAAGAAGCAGAGUCAUUGAGCUUGUUCGAACUCGAAAGCUCGAACUGAUGAAUUUUCAGGUAAUUUGGCAGCUGGGUUCUAUUCGAUUUGCAUUUUUGAGUGUUGGGUAGUAUAGUGAUUGAGCUCGACCGAACUCGAAGCUGAUGAAUUAUUAGGUAAAUUCGGCAUUUGGGUUCGUUUCAAUUUUCUUUUUUGAGUGAUGGGUUGCAGGGAUGAUUGAGCUUGUUCAAACUUGAAACUGAUGAAUUUUCAGGUAAAUUUGGCAUCUGGGUUCGAUUCAAUUUGUGUUUUUGAGUGAUGGGUUGUGUGUAUUCGAGAGUUUGCAUUGGAGAGCUUUGUACUCCAAGAGUUCCGAAAUUGAAAGAGAGUCAGGAUGUGAGGAGCACUGAGAUCCCAGUGUUCUCUCCUACUUCCUCCAAUGGAGAAGUAGGUGAGCUCAGAGACCAAUUCAACCAGACUGGCUUAACUGGGGAUGCUGAGAUGGGUAUAACUAGGCUCCGUAGGGUUUCAUCACAGUUUCUGCCCCCCAAUGGGUCAAGAACUGUCAAGGUCCCUUCAGGAAACUUUGAAAUGCGGUAUUCGUAUUUGUCUCAGAGAGGUUAUUACCCUGAUGCUCUUGAUAAGGCUAACCAAGAUAGCUUUUGCAUCCACACACCAUUUGGGACAAACCCGGAUGAUCAUUUCUUCGGGGUCUUUGAUGGUCAUGGAGAAUUCGGAGCUCAGUGUUCGCAGUUUGUGAAAAGAAAGUUGUGUGAGAAUUUGCUUAGGAAUAAUAAAUUUCAAGUGGAUGCUGUCGAAGCAUGCCAUUCUGCAUUUAUCGCGACCAAUUCUCAGUUGCACGCUGAUAUUUUGGAUGAUAGCAUGAGCGGGACAACUGCAAUUACGGUUUUGGUUCGAGGCAGGACGAUAUGCAUUGCGAAUUCGGGUGAUUCAAGGGCUGUUAUAGCAGAGAGGAAAGGGGAUGACAUUGUAGCUGUGGACCUUUCAAUUGAUCAAACCCCAUUUAGAGUGGACGAGCUCGAAAGGGUUAAGCUUUGUGGUGCAAGAGUUCUUACAUUGGAUCAAAUUGAAGGGCUGAAGAAUCCAGAUGUACAGUGUUGGGGAACCGAAGAAAGCGAUGAUGGUGAUCCGCCUAGAUUGUGGGUGCCAAAUGGAAUGUAUCCUGGGACAGCUUUUACAAGGAGUCUUGGUGAUUCAAUUGCUGAGACAAUUGGGGUUGUUGCGAACCCUGAAAUCGUGGUUUUAGAGCUUACACAGAAUAAUCCUUUCUUUGUUCUUGCUAGUGAUGGAGUUUUUGAGUUCCUUUCUAGCCAAGCUGUGGUGGAUAUGGUUGCAAAAUUUAAAGAUCCCCGUGAUGCUUGUGCUGCAAUUGUAGCUGAAUCGUAUAAACUCUGGCUGCAGUAUGAAACUCGUACAGAUGAUAUUACGGUGAUCGUUGUGCAUGUAAAUGGGCUGACUGAUAUGUCCAUUGGUCAAUCAGUAAGCCCUGCUGGUGCUUUACGACCACCUGUUCCUCAAGUUGUAGAGGUUACAGGAUGUGAAUCUCCUUCACCAUCUGGGUGGAACUCUAGGAACCAGCGCACCAGACAUGAUUUGUCAAAGGCACGCCUUCGUGCAAUUGAGAGUUCUCUAGAAAAUGGGCAAAUUUGGGUUCCUCCAUCUCCAUCCCACAGAAAGACUUGGGAGGAAGAAGCACACAUUGAGCGGGCUUUGCACGACCAUUUCCUCUUCAGAAAGCUUACUGAUUCUCAGUGUCAGGUGUUAUUGGACUGCAUGGAAAGGGUUGAGUUCCAGCCUGGAGAUGUUGUUGUUAGACAGGGUGGUGAAGGUGACUGCUUUUAUGUUGUUGGUAGUGGAGAAUUUGAGGUGUUGGCGACCCAGGAAGAAAAGAAUGGAGAGGUUCCAAGGGUUCUGCAGCACUAUACAGCUGAUAAAUUGUCAUCCUUUGGAGAACUAGCGCUAAUGCAUAACAAACCACUCCAGGCCUCUGUUCGUGCUGUGACCAGUGGAACUCUUUGGGCUUUGAAAAGAGAAGACUUCCGUGGAAUUUUAACGUCAGAGUUUUCUAAUUUGUCAUAUUUGAAGUUGCUUCGAUCGGUGGAUCUUCUAUCAAGGCUGACAAUCUUACAGCUGAGCCAUAUUGCCGAUUCUCUGUCUGAAGUUUCCUUCUCAGAAGGGCAGACGAUAGUCAGUGAGAGUGAACGCCUAGUUGGAUUAUACAUUAUCCAGAAGGGAAAAGUGAGGAUUACUUUUGAUGCAAAUGCAGUUAGUAGUCCAGUUGUCCGGAGUCUGAAGUCUGACUAUCAACAAAAAGAUGAUCAUCCUCAGAGCAGUAAAGAGCUCUCAGUGGAGAAGACGGAGGGAAGCUGCUUUGGUGAAUGGGCACUUCUUGGAGAACAUAUUGAUUUGUUUACUGCAGUUUCUGUGGGAGAUGUCACCUGUGCUGUUUUAACAAAGGAGAAUUUUGAUUCAGUCAUUGGCCCUUUGACAAAGCUUUCUCAGGAUGAUCGGAAGUCAAGGGAUUAUUCUUCUGACGUUCCAAAGGGAUCUGCCAAGAACGUUGAUAUUUCUGCUCUUACUAAAGUCCAGUUGUCUGAUCUGGAUUGGAGAACAAUUUUAUAUAGCACUGACUGCAGUGAGAUUGGACUUGUAUGUUUAAGAGAUUCAGAAAAAUUGCUUAGUUUGAAAAGGUUUUCAAAGCAAAAGGUCAGAAGGAUGGGAAAGGAAGCACAAGUGUUAAGAGAGAAGGAUCUAAUCAAGAGUAUGAGUUCUUCAGCGUGUGUGCCACAGUUUCUGUGCACAUGUGUUGAUCAGACACAUGCUGGCAUACUGUAUAAUACUUGCCUUGCUUGUCCGUUGGCUUCGAUACUUCGCACUCCCCUUGAUGAACCAUCUGCCAAAUUUUGUGCAGCCUCUCUAGUUGCUGGUUUGGCAGAUCUCCAUAAGAAUGACGUUCUCUACAGAGGCUUGUCUCCUGAUGUUUUAAUGUUGGACCAAACAGGAUAUUUGCAGCUAGUAGACUUCAGGUUUGGCAAGAAGUUAUCUGGUGAAAGGACAUAUACAAUUUGUGGAAUGGUGGACUUUUUAGCUCCAGAGGUAGUCCAGGGAAAAGGCCAUGGUUUCCCAGCUGACUGGUGGGCAUUAGGAGUGUUGAUAUACUUCAUGCUACAGGGUGAAAUGCCAUUCGGCUCAUGGAGACAAAGUGAGCUUGAUACAUUUGCAAAGAUCGCAAAGGGACAGCUAACUCUACCGCAAACUUUUAGUCCUGAAGUUGUUGAUCUCAUCACUAAGUUACUCGAGGUUGAUGAAAACACCAGACUAGGAAGCCAAGGUUAUGAAUCUGUCAAAAGGCAUCCCUGGUUUGAUGGCAUUGAUUGGGAAGGGAUCAAAGACAGUAGUUUGCCUGUUCCUCAUGAGAUCACAUCUCGUAUAACUCAACAUUUGGGAAGUCACUCCGAGGACUGUUCUGUUCCUCUAGCUUCUCCAUCUCGAAAUGGAGAAGAACUCGAUACCCCUGAAUGGUUUGACGACUGGUAGAAGGAUAAAAAAUUACAGGACUUUCCACAUUUGUAAAAAAUUCCAGGUGGGGUUCUUCUGAAUCCUCUCUGCUGUGAGAUUUGACUCACAGCUUGGCUGAACAAUGAGAAACCACCGAGACAUACAAAACCAACGGAGGAAACGUCGAAGUUACAAUCCUGAGAUUCACCUUGCUUGUGGUCCCGUUAUAUUUUACGUGAUUGCAUAGUAGCAUUAGAAGAGUAAAUAUCUUCUGGGACCAUAGGCCGCUGCUGAUAGCCAUUUGACUAUUUCAUGGAGAGGCCGGUUGAUAGAUUUUCUGUUCCCAUCAUUCUCUUUUUCUUUUCGGCGAAUUUCUCCCCUCUGUAAAUGCAUAUAUGUGUAGAUGAAUGAGGGGCUCAUUUCUUCAAGUUCUACUUCUGUAAUAGCAGCUGAUACAAAUUUGAUCGACUUAGCCACGAAGCUCUCGAGUCCCCAACUAUCCAUUCUUCUUAUUAAUUACUAUGGAAUUAAUUUUUUCUUCUUC